CCAACUCUUCAUACAGCCGCCUGCUUUUACAGAAUAGUGCGUCGAAGAGCAAGAGCUGUGUGACACGAUGUCGCUGGAUGUGGAAUAUGUCAGGCGCAGGAGGAACACACAUGACGCUUUCGAUUUCCCUCGAGAAUUUGACCUCCGUGUUGAUUCUCAUCAUCGAAGGGGUUCUCUCUGUGACAGACACUGCGGUAUAAAUAUCCCUACAGACUUGGUGGAUACACAUUCUGGUUCUCAUCAGCAUAGCAUCCUGACUCCUAGAUUGCUGCCUGGGGCAUCUUCUACUCCUGUGUGUUGUACCCAUGGCUCAGAAGAAGUUCAGCCGUGUAAUGUCUGUGUGAUAAAAACCACAAUCACUGCGGAAAAUGAAGUGGAGGCUCUUAAACUCUCAAAUAACUACAAAUUUGGUUUUAAAAAAUGGAAAGGUCAUGUUACAGAGAGGCCUUGGGAAGAUCGAUCUGAAAUUGUGAAGGAACUCUAUUCAGAACUGAAUACAGUGAAGACUUAUUGCGAGUCUCUAAUAACCUUUGGAAACAUUCUUUAUGUCAUACUCUUUGGAUGGUGGAUAACUCUUCUUUAUCUGUUGGUGUCGGCUCUUAUGUUUUUCACUAUCAUAGGGACUCCAUAUGGUUUGCUCUGCUGGAGACUUGCAGGUUAUUAUAUUUGGCCUUUUGGAAAAGUCAUUUUGAAGAGUGGCACAGACCAUAGUAGAAAAUGCUGUGUUCGAUUUACGAAGUGUGAAGCCAUUCCAGAGGUGGAUGAAAUAGAGAAGACUCCACUUAUUAACAAAUGCGAGAGACUUCAUACAGAUAUCCAACAUUCUGAUUGUCGUGUCAGUACCUAUGUCUGGCUCAUGCUUGGGUUUCCAGUGCUUGCAAUUACACAUGGAUUUGCUUGCUUUGUUUCCUGGAUCCUGGUUUUCUUUAUCCCCAUCUCUAAGAUGAAUGCGAGAACUCUGUCCAAGUUGCUACUUGUGCCUCCAGAACAGGUGCAGAUUCGGAGCUCAAACAAGAUGGAUGCAUCAUUUGAUACCGAUAUUAUCCUGUGUUGCUACCAUGCAGUGAACAUCUAUUAUUAUAAAUAUUCAGUCGAUGGACUUAAUGUCUUUGCUGUCAAUUUAAUACUGUUGGUUAUUGUAUCGUUGGCUCUGGGAUAUGCAGACCGCCAUAAUGAUUACACCAGCUCCCCGGUCAAAUUCACACUCUCCCUCGUCUCCAUUAUGCCUCUGUCAUAUUAUAUUGGGAUGGCAAUAGCAAGUGUUUCAGCACAGAGUAACUUUGCAGUAGGUGCUGUGGUGAAUGCAACAUUUGGCUCCAUUAUUGAACUGACCUUCUACAUCACAGCUUUGAUCAAGGGUGCUCGUGAGGGGAACCGGUGCUACGAGGAAGUAGUGAAGUCUGCCUUGACUGGCACAGUUCUGGGGUGUGUCCUCUUUAUUCCUGGUUUGUGUAUGAUCAUUGGGGGAAUCAAGCAUCGGGAACAGAGGUUUAACAGCAGGUCAGCUGGAGUUAGCUCAGCUCUGCUAUUCAUUUCUGUGGGAGGUGUAUUUGCACCAACUCUUUUUUCCAAAGUGUAUGGUAAGAUGAUAUGCGGGGAGUGCAUGAACUUCACCCAAAAUACAACUGAGAAAUACAUCUGCAGUAACUGCCAAACUGGCAUUAUGGAGACUAACAGUACUGCUUUCUACAGUGAGGUUAAGCCUUUGGUCUACACUGUGUCCAUACUGUUGCCUGCAGCAUAUAUUAUUGGGCUUCUCUUCACUCUGAAGACACACUCUCAUAUUUAUGAUAUUCACGUCAGCGAUUGCCAUGUACCUGGACAUCACCACAGUGCUGUGGUCCACUGGUCUCGCUGGCGAGCGAUGAUUAUACUGCUGGGCUCCACCUUCUUAAUGUCGGCCUGUGCAGACCUCGCUACUGAGCACAUCAGUCCUAUUUUGACAGGAGCUACCGUGUCCCAGUAUUUUGUUGGAGUAACCAUCCUUGCCAUGAUCCCAGAACUUCCAGAAAUUGUCAAUGGUAUUCAGUUUGCGCUUUUAAAUAACCUCAGUUUAAGCAUAGAGAUUGGAAGCUGCAUUGCUGUUCAGGUGUGCAUGCUACAGAUCCCCAUCCUGGUGCUGUUCUCGGUGUUCUACGCAACAGACUUCACUUUGAUAUUCAGUGAUUUGCACCUCUGGGCCAGUAUGUUCAGUGUGAUCCUGAUGAACUACAUCUUUAUGGAUGGGAAGUGUGACUACUUCCAAGGAACCGCGCUGGUCUUUGUUUACUUCAUUCUGCUAGCAAUGUAUUUCUUUGCUCCAUCUCCUGUUGGCUGCUGAUAUACCCGAGCUCCUUGGAGAAAAUGCAGCUGACCCAAAUCCCUGAAUGAGGAGAGUGACUGGAGGAAGCAAAUGAAGAAAGCUUUGCCCCUGCCGUAUCUGUUACAGGAAAAAAAAACCUUUAUUUUACUGGCCCAGCUUUUGUAUUAUGUAAAUGGCAAAACUUGCAUUUAAUGAACAUGAACAUGUGCAGGUGUAAUUCUUAUUGCUUCACAUGAUCUUUGCAUCUGAUGAACUAUCAUGGUGAAUACUAGGAAAGAUCUUCACAUUCAAAUGCACUUGCAUAGUUCUGCCAACUAAUAUCUUCCCUUGCUUUGGCACCACAACUGCACUAAUAACUAUUAAAUAGAACACUGUACAGAUGGUUUUCAGUGUACCACGUGUUUUCUUGAUUGAUGCUGACCCCUUAUGACCUUAUCUGGCCCUGGACUGGGUCCCUUAAUAUCCAUCAUCCGUGGCAUUUUAAUUACUGAUAAUGCACUAAGCUGUAAAUAACCCUAAAUGCUCAUGAAUUGGAAGGAAUGUUGUGUAUUAUUCAUUAAGAGCUAACAGGCUAUACUGCUAGAAGCCACUGUUUUUUCUCAAUCUAACCUAUAACAUUUUAUUCAUAUUAAAUCACUUUAUAUGGCAAUAAAGAAAAAUUCAUGUUCGAUAAAUUACAAGCUAAAAAAACAUUCCUCUUAUGUGAAAUUGUUGGUUUUUAUGUGCAGGCACUUGGCAUGUAGGGAAAUGGUGAUUAAUAUUAGCUGUGGUUCUGAAUGCCUAGAUUUGCAAACAUUAUUUCUCUGACUUGUAACCAACAUAAACUAGAAGAGUCACUAGUUACCUGCUGCCAUUGCUGUGGCCUCACUUGGAGCUGUGAUUUGCUACCCAUUCACUUUCUAAUGUAAAUAGCACUUUGGGGUUUAUUACUUGUAUUAAAGCAAUGAUUUUUGGA